UACAAAGCUGUUGCAGUUCACAUCUGUUGGAGAGACAUUUACAGCUGACUUGCUGAACUCAUCAUCUCAAGCAUUUAUAAAUAGAGCAUCACUGAUAGUGACAACACUUGAACCUAUCUACAAUAAAACAUUUUCUUCAUACCUCUCAAUGAACGUGGCUGGAUUCCGAAAUGGAUCCAUCAUCAGUAACAUUGACAUUCGGUUUGCAUCUACAUCAGCGCCAAAUAACACUGACAUUGCAAAUGUUUUGAUCAAUGCAGCUCCAAACAUAACAGCUUUCACCAUUACCAAUGUUGUUGUCAGUGACCCAGUGGCUUCAAUUACAACUGCGAGCACUACAACACCAGUGAUGACUGCAGCUACAAAUGCAACCACAGCAAAUAUUACAAACAUCACACCAGGAACAAAUACAACUACGUUGCUUACAACAGCUUCAACUACAACUGCGAAUACUACAGCACCAAUGAUGACUACACCUACAAAUGCACCCACAGCAAAUCUUACAAACACCACACCAGGAACAAAUACAACUACAGUGUCUACAACAGCUUCAACUGCAACUGUAAACACUACAACACCAAUGAUGACUACACCUACAAUCGCAACCUUAGUGACUCCUACAACCAUUACAACUGUAAGAAUCACAACUGCAGAGCCAGUUAUAACAAAGCAGGUGCAGUUCAGAUCUGUUGGAGAGACAUUUACAGUUGACUUGCAGAACUCAUCAUCUCCAGCAUUUACAAAAAGAGCGCAACAGAUAAAGACAACACUUGAACCUAUCUACAUGAGAACGUUUCCUUCAUUUCGCUCAUUGAAAGUGACUGAAUUCAGAAAUGGAUCCAUCAUCAAUGACAUUGACAUUCGGUUUGCAUCUGCGUCAGUGCCUAAUAACACUGACAUUGCAGAUGUUUUGAUCAAAGCAGCUCCAAACAUAACAGCCUUCAACAUUAGCACAGGCUCUGUUAUUGUCAGUGACCCAGUGGUUUCAAGUACAACUGCGAGCACUACAACACCAAUGAUCACUACCCCUACAAACGCAACCACAGCAAAUCUUACAAACACCACACCUGUAACAAAUACAACUACAGUGUCUACAACAGCUUCAACUACAGCUGUGAACGCAACUGCGAGCACUACAGCAUCAAAUGCAACCACAGCAAAUCUUACAAACACCACACCAGGAACAAAUACAACUACAGUGUCUACAACAACUGGUUCAGCUGUGGCAACAACAACAACAUCAUCAACAACAGCACCAACGACAACAACAUCAACAACAACAGCAGUGGCAGUAGUUCGCGCACCAAUUGUUGUUGUUGCAGCAGUUUUGAUUCAACCCUUUGUGCCUCAACUGGAAGAUAAAAACAGCCCACAAUUUAAGGCACUUGAGGAGCAAGUGGUAGUAGUGUAUGAAAUCAUCUAUAGACGUCAAUAUGGUUCACUUUUCAGCCGUGUAAUUGUCAUAGCAUUCAGAAAAGCUGGGACGAGAACACGAGCAUCUACUACUGGAAAUAAUAUUGAAGCAGAAGUGCAGGUUGUGUUUAACAGCACAAUAACACCUGCACAAAUCCCAGAGGCUAAAGAUGUUCAACAAACCUUAGUCAAUGCGGUGUCUAACCCCAACAACACUUUCAACCUCAGUAUUGAUAACACAUCUGUUGUAGCAACCCAAGUAAACAUUUUUACAAAGCUGUUGCAGUUCACAUCUGUUGGAGAGACAUUUACAGCUGACUUGCUGAACUCAUCAUCUCAAGCAUUUAGAAAUAGAUCAUCACUGAUAGUGACAACACUUGAACCUAUUUACAAUAAAACAUUUUCUUCAUACUACUCAAUGGAAGUGACUGGAUUCCGAAAUGGAUCCAUCAUCACUGACAUCUACAUUCGGUUUGCAUCUACAUCAGCGCCAAAUGACACUGACAUUGCAAAUGUUUUGAUCAAUGCAGCUCCAAACAUAACAGCCUUCAACAUUACCAAUGUUGUUGUCAGUGAUUCAGUUACAGUCGCAACUACAGCAACUCCUAUAACCACUACUACUGCAGCAAAUACAACUACAGCGACUCCUACAACCACUACAACUGCAGCAACUACAACUACAGCAACUCCUACAACCACUACAGCUGUAACAACUGCUGAGCCAGUAAGAAUGCUGGCCGUGAAAUUCAGAUCUGUUAAUGGAAUAUUUACAACUGACUUGCUGACAUCAUCAUCCACAACAUUUAAACAACGAGCUACACUAAUAAGGACAGCACUUGAACCUUUCUACCAGGCAAGAUUUCCUUCAUUCCGCUUCAUCAAUGUGACUGCAUUCAGUAAUGGCUCAAUUAUCAAUAACAUGGACAUUGGAUUUGCAUUGUCACUGGUCCCUAAUGCAAAUCAGAUUGCACAAGUUUUGAUCGAUGCAGCAAAGAUAACACCCUUCGACAUUGAAACCAGUUCCAUUCUUGUGGACGGCACACCGUCACAUGGAGUGAGCCACAAGAUCAGUCUCCUCACUGCAUCCUGUAUGUUGUUGCUGUCAUGGUUCCUGUCAGGCCAGCAAUAACAUCUGAGCUGAUGUUCUUGUGAAAUAACUUGAGGAAAUGUCUCCUGUGACUGGGUAUAAAGAAGACUUUAUUCCAACUGAAAAUCCACGAGGAGCUUCUGAUGAAGAGGAAUCAUACUGUGAUUUAGAACUAAAAUUGAAAUGAACCUGUGUUAUUAAUUACUAAUUAAUCAUUAAUUAAUUAAUUAUGUUAUGUAUUCUAUUGUUGUAUUUAUUCUGUUUGUAUUGUAUUGGAUAAUUAUGGGAAAAAAUAUUAGUCUAAGUGAUCCUGAUACACACAUUUAAAAUUAUUUAAAGAACUAUCCUUAUUAUCGCCAAACAAUAAUAAUGUCAUCAUUAAACAAACUCUGAUUCUCUUAUUUUUUAAAGCAUACUACUCUAAUUAGCAAUUCUCAGGAAAAUUGAUUAGAGAAUACUAUGGUACUUCUUAAGGUUCCUUCAUAGAUUUUUGAUCCACAUAAAACAAAAUCUAAUUCUAAUAAUUAUCUUUUAGGUUUAGGUUCACACAUUACAUUGGAACUGGUUAGUUUAUGGUGAAAUAAGAUUGAAUUCAGUCUAAAAAACAACCUCUACAUGUCUUAUUUUUUUAACCAACAUACUGUCUUUUCGGUAUAUUCAGUGAGUUCAGUGAGGUUGUGACUAAGUGAGAUGUUAUUUUCACAGCUGUAUUAGACCUAUAUAUAGUUUAAAACAGACAUUGAUCUUGGGCUGAGUUUGAAUCAAAUUACAAAUUAUCAACAAACACAGCUGAAUUUUCAUCUGAAUUUUCACACAAUAUCUCCAGGGCUCAAACACUAAGCUGGCACUAAACACUCAAAUUUAUUUUUUUACAAAACAACAUCAGCAUGGGACAAGGACAUAUAGCAAGGAAGGAAAACGGAAAAAACACAUAUAUAUACAAAAAUGUGGACCUGUGCAUACAUGGAUGCAAAACUAUACACUCACACAAUUAUAUACAGACACGCAUGCAUACAGGAGAAAGUAAAAUGGAAUGAAUGAAUGGAUGGAUAUAAAUCUCUUGUGUAUAGUUACAUAACUAUUUACUGUAAAUCAAAUUAAGCAAUUAAAAGCCAAUAUUAGUAAAAAGCA